AUGUCAUCAUUUCUUUUUCGUUCGGUCUCGAAACUCACCGUUUCUUUUCCGUCGCGCAAUAUCUCGCGUCGUACUUUACAGACAUCAACAGCGAAAGUAACACCAUUUUAUACAAAUUCCAUUAACACGUGCUUUGGAAAUAAUAACCUAAAUAGUUUAACUAUUGGUAAAAGAAAUUUUCACGCUGCAAGGAUAAAUCAGCAACACGUCGCUUCAUUAUCUUCCAUUAUCUCCCUUACUACUAUCAAAUUCUCCCUUGCCACGCAAUCUCGUCGCGCCUUGACAAAUAUAACGUACGCUCAACUAAAACAACGUAAUAUUAUGUCAGUUACCGGGCAUCUUUUAUCGCCUAAUAACGUGUAUCCAAAUCGUGAUUACUCUUCGAAUUCUUCGUCUCACGACAAAAAUGACGUUUCUGAAUCAACCACCACUGCUAUUAAUAGUGAGCACAGUAAUAGUCAUCCUGAAUUAACACGGUGGUCGUGGGCAUGGUGGAAAGAGUGGACUAUAAUUUUUAUAGUGUUUGGUAUCACUGGAUCGACUACUGUAAGAUGUGUUAGGCCCCUCGUAUCAAAUUUGUUUGGGAUUGAAG